CUGCGCAUUGUCCACAAUCCGAAAAGCCGCCAUGGUGAUUCUUACGUCACUCCCUGUGAGCACGGGUGUGUGUGUGUGCCUGCGUGCGUGCGUGAGAGAGAAAGAGUGUGAGAGUAGCGAGUGUGUGUCUACUACAGCUGGUUAGAACACGGCGAAAAGACCGUGAGAGUGUAAGCGACCAAAAUACCAAGACUUCGAACUUCCGACAACUCGAUCCACAAGAUAUUUUAAUGGGAUGAGUCACCAGCACCCGUCAGGAACUAGGCGUCUGUAGUCCAGCGCUGAAGCUGUGUGCUGUAAGGCACUGUUGAACACACUCCACUCAACUUCCUGCUUCCGUCACGGAGGACAUGAUCAGUGACAUGACGGGCUCAGGUGAUGAAGAAGAGGAGAAGGACACGAGCCUCUCAUCCUUUCUCUCUCCUCCAUCUGGCAUUGCUACGCCACUGACGACUACACAGCACUGUGAUGACCACGCCAUUGCACCUGCCACCAAAACUAAGAUGGCCGCCUCAAGUGGCACACUCUGCCCCUCGGAACCCGACAAGGACACUAAAAUCCACGUCACCCUGGGCAACGACUCGGUGUGGCAGGAGUUCCACGUCACCCUGGACAACGACUCGUUGUGGCAGGAGUUCCACGGCAUCGGGACGGAGAUGCUCCUGACCAGGAAGGGCCGGCGCAUGUUCCCCUUCUGCCGCUACACUCUGACGGGCCUGGAUCCCCAGCGCCUGUACUUCCUCGUUAUGGACUUCCAGCUUGUGGAUGAGCACCGGUACCGCUGGACCUUUGGGGGCCGGCUGCGGGGCGGGCCGGGCGAGGAACACAAAGUGGGUGGUCGCGUCUACACUCACCCGCUGUCGCCCGCCGCGGGCUCAACGUGGAUGCGAGUUCCGGUGACGUUCGGCACGGUGAAACUGACCAACAACCUGUCAAGUGACGACAGCCUAAUCCUGCUGCACUCGAACCACCGGUACAUCCCACGGCUGUGUGUGGUGCCCUUUGACCCCAGCAGGCGGAACACCAUCAACCACCAUGAUCCAGAGGCGCAGACGUUCACGUUCCCGCAGACGGAGUUCUACGCUGUGUCUUGGUACCAGAACCCGCAGCUCACUGAACUCAAGAUCAAGCACAACCCGUUUGCCAGCGCGUUUCGCCAUGAAGAGAUGCACCCGGGCAAGCACAUGCAGUUACCAGCAGGAGGCGAUCAUGAGUCCCGUGUCUCUCCUGAUUCAAACCACGCCAAAGGCAACAAGAGGGCUAAAAGGCGCCUGUCACUCCCCACCGCUGGCGAGUUUGGGCUGGGGGCGUCUCCGGUGCUCAAAAAGAAGAUGGCAGGAGGCCUUACCCGCACCGAGGAGAUGUUGUCCACGGAGGACGAGAGUCGCAAUCAUGGCGCUCGCCCCAGUCCUUCCUGUUCAAAGAGACGAGCUCCUGCUAAGCUGAAGAGACGAGUCACCAUUCCCAGAGUUCCCACACACACCUCCACCUCCACGCCUCGGACGCUGAAGAGGCCGGCACUGACCUCCCCGAAAGGUCCAAAGACGCUCCUGCACAAGCGCAAGACCAAUUCCAGGAAGAAUGCCAAGGGUUCUGGUGUAGUCACGGAAACGCCUUCAGAACCAGCGGUAGUGACUCAGGAGCUGGCUGUGGACGAUGUAGAGGGCAUGCUGUUUGUCUCCUUUGCCAACAAGGAAUCUCACGAUACCCACGUGCCCUUGAAGAGAGAGCUGCAGGAAUCUCAUGAUACCCACGUGCUCUUGAAGAGAGAGCUGCAGGAAUCUCAUGAUACCCACGUGCCCUUGAAGAGAGAACCACCUCCGUCGCCUCCGCUGAACUGCCCCCCAGUCCUGCAGCUCCAGGAGGCAACUAGGGCAACAGAACCUGAGAAAGCCACUGAAGAGGUCCUGCAGGAGAGGAUUGUUCAGCUGGAGAAGACGUUGCUGGUGGAUCUGGGAUCCUUCAAAUACAGGCAGGUGGUCCAUCCUGCUCUGAAACAGGUUGGCCUGAAGUUGAACCUUGUGGACCCUGAAGUGGCCAUCGACCUGCAGUACCUGGGGGUCACCCUGCCCCUGCCCCUGCCCCCCCUCCUGAAACCCAGCGCAGCCUUGUGUGCAGAUGGGACCAUUCCAUUUGUUUCUCUUACGGGGAAGACCAAUGACCUCACUAAAAUAAAAGGCUGGAGAGACAAGUACAGCAGCUCCUCAGAACUCCCCCACAUCACACCCCAAGAGGGCCCAGUGAAGGUGCACUCUGCGUUCAGCAGUGAGAUGCUGGAUGAGUAUCUGGAGAAUGAGGCCCAGAGGAUCACCGAGCGGGCCGAGACCUUCUCCUUCUCCUCCUUCGGCUCCGCCGACCCGGUUGCUGCCGGUGUGGCAUACCAGCUCCCCUCCAGGAGCAGCAGCUAUGUGCGCACCUUAGACAGCGUGCUGAAGGGUCGCUCAACCACCACCAGCGCCCCCUCCCCCGUGCCACCCCUCUCCAGCACCCACGCCCCCUCCCCCGUGCCACCCCUCUCCAACACCAACGCCUGGAGGGACGCAAGUCCACCUCCGUCCAGCUCCAGGCCCAAAGCGUCCCCUCACAGGAAGACUGGGCCGCCUGUUACUGGUACCAGUACCGCCAAACCGCUGAAGUGGGAUGCCAGUCAGGGCACCAGCCGCUACGGGGGCUUCACCAAGCCACAGUGCCACCUUCAGGCCAUGGAGAGGCAGGCCUUCUGCCAGGGCCACACGGAGACAUACGUCACCAAGGAGAGGGCCACCAUCGCUCUGGGCGUACUCCUCACGGCACAGGGCUCGGUGAAGGCGGACCGUGUGGACUUGGCCGGUGGGGACAUGUUGGGCGCGUGCCAGAGAGACUUCUGCAGGCUGGGGUGUGUGUGCCUAAGCCUUCUGCGGCAGCCGCGGCCCCCCACACACUGCCGAAGGCCCCAGUGCAUGUUUGAGUGUGUGUGCUUCAGGCACCGGGUGCUGCUUAUAAGGCCUCACCCUGACAAGAGCAGCAGCAGCAGCAGCAGCAGCAGCAGCAGCGCUCAUAGGGCAGAGAAGGACAAGAACAAGGACCUGAAGUUACUGGCUUACCCCAUCUCUAACCCUGAUAAAGGCCUGAGACCAGCCCCCGGCCGUCGUGUGCCUCUGCUAUGGGAGGGCAGAGCGGACGAGGAGGACCCUGAGCCGCUGUUCAAACCUCAGAAACAGUGCGUGUCCAAGGCCUCUUUCUCAGCGACCUCCAAACCAACCAACAAACAUCAGGUCAAGGGCCCGAGGGUGAAGGAGGAGGAUAAGAGCAGUCCGGUGUACAAGUACUUUGACAGCAUGAUGACCUGUGCCCGCGUGCGCCCCAUCAACAGCAUGCCCCCACCACAGAUGCACAUCCUGCCUGGUCUGGUAACCAACAGAGCGAAGGAAAAACAUCUGCAGUCUCCUGAGGCUCCUGGAAGCAGGUCAGACGCUGCGUGCUCCCAGACAUCUGUGCCAGUGGCGCUGGAGAAUGAGGUGCCGUCCACCAAGCUGCUGCAGAUCGUCUCCGAGUGCAACUGGGAACCGCACCGCGAACUGGUCCUGAGUGCGAUCAACAGGCGCCUGAAACUGGACCUGCUGACGUCCUCAUUCACGCUGGGGUUCUACCGUGUGCGUCUGCUCUCCGUGACCCAGCACAGGAGACAGAACCACUGCACCAUCACCUACAAGCUCAGCAUCUCCCGCGGCGACGGCACCAAGGACAAGCAGCACCUGCCCAGGAGCCAGAAGCCCCGCCCCAAACAGCCUCUAAGGCCUGGAUACCUCAAGGCCCUCCGGCUGAGGCCCGGUGUCUCCCCCAAGAGGCUGGUUGAGGUAAAUGGGAAGCACUACGCCAAAGCCAGACUCAUGCUGGGUCGAAUGGGGGCUCUGCAUCCAGUCAAUCGGCUGGCAGCGUUCGUCACGGGCAGGCUGGUGACAUUCCCGGGGAGCUCAAGCGCCUCAGUGGAGAAGGAUGCAGUGCCUGGACCGCUGGUUGAUAGUCCUCCUCAGGGUCCUAGUGCCUCUCAGCUUCUCUACAUCCCCAUUGGUUCUCCCGAUGGAGCCACUCCUCCUGCGCCAGCCACACCCACCCAGAAUGGAAUGCUGAAGCCAGUGGUCGGCGCUCAAAAGGGGGCGCUAUACCGCCAACCCAACGGACAGCUGGUCCGGCUGGUGCCCUUGAAAACACUCAAGGCCAUGAAGUCCACAUCUGCCCCGUCUCCUGCUCCAGAUGCUGUGGCCAAGCCCUUCUCACUCUCUGGGAAGAGCACCAUGCGCAUCUCUCAGGGCUCUGCGGCGGUCAGGACCCUGCCUCACACCGGAUCCUUCUCCUUCAGGAUCUGCCCGCCCUCAGAGCAGUCCAAACCACUGGGGCCGGACACACAGGUGCUCAAGGCGGACCAGAACUCCUCCCAUUCCUUGCUGGGCGGCUUCACGCUACUCCAGCUGCCCAAGGAUCCUGAGAGGCAGGUGAGGGUUCCUGCAGAGGGUGCUAAGAUGGUGGCGGCCACCGCAGUUGCUCCUCAGGCUACUUACAAAUCACAUGGAACGUCCAGACGGGGUUCUAAAAUUACUGGAACCUCUAAUCGGGGUUCUCAAAUCACUGGAACUUCAGUGGAAGAAAGGAGGAAGGUGGUGGCCCCGGUGGUGGUUCCUCCAAUGGCCUCCAGAACACUCCAGAACAAUGUAGCUGCAGUUCCUCCUCAGGCCACCAGGAGAGUGCACAGAGGUUCUAAACUCCGGGGACCAGGGGAGGGCGCUAAGACAGUAGUGGCCCCUGUGGUCUUCCCCCCGACUCCUUCUAGAACACCACACCACAGCGUGGCGGAGAGAGAGCGUCGCCAGCUCCACCAGACCGGCUUCAGGAGGCUCAAGGAGGUGCUGUGCAUCACCGGCACCAAGGUCACCAAGCAGGACAUCCUGGACCAGGCCAAACUCGUCAUCUCUGCAUUGAAGACCAGAGAGAAGAAGCUGGAGAAGAAGAAAGCCUUCAUGACCCGCACGCAGUCUGACUACAUCAAGACCAUCUCCCAGAUGUCUGGGAAGACGGAGGAGAUGAUCAAGAAGAAGCUGGAGGAGAUCAGCAAGCGUCAGCGUCUGCUGGAGCAGUACCGCCAGCGUCUGAACGAGAAGAACCCCGUGAAGGCGCAGCUUAAGCUCACCGCGUGCGACUGGCUCACUGAACGCUUCGCCAUCUGGAAGCGACACAAGAGAAAGAGGAAGGGGAAGGGGAUCCCCAAAACCAGCACGCGCUCAGACGUGAAGGCCAGGGACUCUCCUGAACUCAGAGCCGCUCUGCUGAACUCUGGAAACACUGUAUAA